ACCAAACGCACCCGCAGCCGGUCAGACCGUCACUGAUGCUUGUACUAUUUAAGAGAGUGUGGUUGCUACAUUAAAGUGAGCGUAUCCCAUGAAGCGGCGAUCAGAACGAGUCCAAACCACUGCAGUGCCGUUCCCAACAGUCAUGUGUUCAAUCUCAAAGCGUCCAAAUCAGAGUGAAACCGUUAAAUGAAAGUUAUGUCAGGAUCAAAAGCAUAACAUAUAUAUUAAAGCAAGCAUUAAAAUGUUUUUCUAACUUAAUCCCAUGCUCAUCCAGUGGGAGAUAUUUGCCGUCCCAAAUCCCUUGGAAAAAUUAAUUUAAAGCUGCAAAGAGACACAUUUAGGUCAUUGGCAGGAAAGGUAAAAAAAAAAAUCCCUUUGAUCCAUGGCAUGUCAUUAAGCAGCCAAAUCUUAAGGAAUAACUAAUGUGGCCUUGAUUUGAGUUUGUGAACAGCAAGCCAGGGAAUACCGUGGUGAAAAUAAGGAUGGAGCUGCUGGGGGACUCAGAUCAGCGGCAUAUAUUUAUCUCAAGUCUCCUAAGAUGGGUGGUGUGUGAAGGAACAGGAAAUGUUCAUUAGUCAUUAAAAGCUGAUAAGUUUUAUGUGACAGCAGGAUGAGUCAGACAUAGAAAACUUAAAGACUACAGGUAUUAUUUAAACUCACGGCUACUUUUAAGCACACUGUGCCCACCAGAUGUCUAAAAUCGCAGCUUUCAAGAUGCACUCAGACGAGGUGAAAGAUCAGAAGAGCCAUUUUCAUUGAUUUAAUUAAGCUAUGAACUCUUCACCAAAUGAGAUAGAGGUAUGAAAAAAAAAAAAAAUCAAGCUGGAGAAAAAUUCUCAGCUACAAUUCAGGUAAAUUGAAAAUAGUUGUUUUCACUGUGACAGAAAAACAACAGCACCAAGGCUCAAAGUUGACCAUCCUGUUCAGUUCUGUUCCCUUCAACCAGAUAACGGCAAAGAUUAGCAGCACACAGUCAAAAAAUAAGAUGUGAGAGGAAACUGAAAUAGGAUGUGUAAGAGUUUCCUAAGAAGAACUUGCCAUCAGACAGUUUCAACACUCCUGGAGAUAAAGAGUUCAGGAACAAGGCCAAGCUCAGAGAGAUCAGCGCAUCACUGCACCACAUAGGUCACACACCUGCGCACUCACACACACACACACACUCACACACACACACAUGCUUACUCACAAAGGCUCUGUCUUUGACUUUACGACUGUUGAGCCGUCAGGCGGUGAACUCGACACAGACAGGGGAUCUCAGAACGAGAGCUGCGAUGGCGUCUAAACGAUUAAAACAUGUAGUCAGGAAGCGCGUUCGUAUGACUGUGUCGAUCUCGAUCAACCGACAAAAAGCAGAUUGUUUAAAUGUCUGACUUUCAUCGGCUUCACGUAAAGAGAGUAAAGAGGGCGCAGCUGCUGGCAGCCUGGAUGUAUGACUUUAUGUACAAUACCCUGUAACAUUAAAGUUGAGGCUCGCAGUGAUGAGGAGAAUGGGCUGGCCUGUGACAUGAAUGGCGUGGAGGAGGAGGAGUGCGCGGAAGACUUGCGCGUGAUCGAUGCCUCGGGGGCCAAGGUGAACGGCUCACAGCCGAGCCCCGAAGCCAAGGCCUUCUCCUCGGCCGGCGGUAUCCGGCUGCCCAACGGGAAGCUCAAGUGCGAUAUCUGUGGGAUAGUUUGCAUUGGUCCCAAUGUGUUGAUGGUGCACAAGCGAAGCCACACUGGAGAACGUCCUUUCCAGUGCAGCCAGUGCGGUGCCUCUUUCACCCAGAAGGGCAACCUGCUGCGUCACAUCAAGCUGCAUUCAGGGGAGAAACCCUUCAAGUGUCACCUGUGCAGCUACGCCUGCCGCAGGAGGGACGCCCUCACCGGCCAUCUACGCACUCACUCGGUUGGAAAACCCCACAAGUGCGCUUACUGUGGGCGGAGUUACAAACAGCGCAGCUCUCUCGAGGAGCACAAGGAGCGAUGUCACAACUACCUCCAGUGCAUGGGCCUGCAAAACAGCAUCUACACGGUAGUAAAGGAAGAAAGCAACCAGAAUGAGCAGAGGGAAGACUUAAGCCAGACGGGAUCUGACAGAGCCUUGGUGCUAGACAGACUAGCUAAUAAUGUAGCUAAACGUAAGAGCACUAUGCCACAGAAGUUUGUGGGAGACAAACGUCUGUCAGACCUCUCUUACGACGGAGGAGCAGGCGAGCUGAUUCAGCCCCACGUCAUCGACCAGGCCAUCAACAGCGCCAUCAGCUACCUGGGGGCCGAGUCGCUGCGGCCUCUCGUCCAGACCUCGCCGGCUUCCUCCUCUGAUGUGGCUCUCAGCGCCAUGUACCCGCUCCACAAGCCGGCGACAGAGGGCCACACAGGGACGGGCUUGUCAGCCAAAGACUCUGCAGCCGAGAACCUGCUGCUGCUCUCUAACUCCAAGUCCGCCUCCAGCGAGAAGGACGGCUCGCCCAGCCACAGCGGCCAGGACUCCACGGACACCGAGAGCAACAACGAGGACCGUCCAGGCGGAGCGGCCCCCGGCCUCAUCUACCUGACCAACCACAUCACGUCGGGGGUGAGGAACGGCGUGCUGCCCCUGGUGAAGGAGGAGCAGCAGAGGCAGUACGACGCCAUCCGGGCCAGCAUGGAGAUAGCCUCCGAGGGCUUCAAGGUGGUGACGGCGGACGGGGAGCAGGUGAGGGCGUACCGGUGCGAACACUGCCGCGUUCUCUUCCUGGACCACGUCAUGUACACCAUUCACAUGGGCUGCCACGGCUUCAGAGACCCCUUCGAGUGCAACCUCUGCGGCCACCGGAGUCAAGAUCGAUACGAGUUCUCCUCCCACAUAACACGAGGAGAGCAUCGCUACUGAGGCCCUGUAACACACACACACACUCUCACACAGACAAACAGGAGGAUGGAAAACAUGCCACACUCUCACUCACAGACAAGCACCUGCAAUAAAAGCAUAGAAAAAUGUGAUGUAAAAUACACUGUCGAUGUCUUGUGUUUUUAUACAAGGUAUGCAUGUUUGUUGACCACAGAUAAAUGUAUCUCAACUACUGAAGAAGAAAACAACAUUUAUUUUCAUUUUUCUGACACUGUGUUCAAAACGGACAUCAGCUCAUCUGUCUUUUUCUUUUUGUUUUCAAGGAGCGAAAAUAUUAAAAACAAUACAGCAGAGUUUCUGUGCCAUAUUCUUAUAAGUUCUAAACCGUGUAUUUACCAUGUCAUAAGUACCAUACUGCCAUAAAUAUGAAAUGUAUAAACGUGUCUUUUCUUUUGGAAAACCAGGUAGCAACUUCUUCUUUUUUUUUUUUUUUUUGAUUUAAAACAAGAUUAUUUCUUUUUACAAAUAUCUGUACCGAAUAACAGAUUUAAAUAUAUCUGCAGUUGUUUUCAGAGCAGGAAAACCCAUUGUAACAUUAAAUACAAUCAAUAAAAAACCUAACAAUCAGUGUAGAUAAACCCACAGUUCCUCACAAGGUUUUAUCCAGUUAUUGCGUUUGUAAUAACCUACAUAGUAUUUAUAACAUUUACAUGCCUGUCUGUUUUUGUAUUUAUUACAGUGAUUGAUGUUUGUCUUAUAGAGUAGUAAAAGCUGCAUCUUUUUUCUGUUCAACUGUACUAAAUGUGUAUGAGGUGAUCCAUGACUGCUGCUGGAAGCUAUUUUUAGUGUUAUCAGAGGGAAAUGUACUCCUGGACGUUUUGUUUUAUACAUGAUGGCUAAGAAUUGUUUGACUCAUUAAAUGAAAAUGAAGUUGACUUCAUUUGAAGGGAGCCUUAUGCUUGCAAAAUAUCAAUAAAGGAUAUUUUAUAUAUGCA